AUGCCCCGUAAUGCUUCUUUUUCGUCCGCAGCCCGUCCCCCGCCUUUCUCUGGACAAAUUGGUGUCCGCCUCGACCAUGACACGGUCCGUGGGCCGCUGUCCUUUUUCAACCCAACACAGGCGUGCUUUCAUCUGGACACAGAGGCGCAGCAGCAUCCCCAGUUGCGCCACGAUCAAAUUCCGCAAUUCUACGCAACCCGAGUUGCAAUGCCCGGCGCGGUCAUCAAUUGGAGAUCUCGAGACAAUCGCAAAGGGCGACACCCACUGGGUGUCGACUCUGUUUAUCCAGACUCAACAGCAAGUUUCCGCGUCGUGAGCCAUGGCCUAUUGCGCAUGUGCACCGAAUGCCCGUACUGGGACGUUUCCUACCUGGUCGCCAUUUCUUUCUCUAUUGGGUGCCUGCUUUUUGUAAUCAGUGGCCUAUUUUAUUGGCUGCCGCUCGUAGCUCCCGCCUCGGAGUUUUCCACAGAGACCAUGGCGGGAGACAUACUCUCAUUCGUCGGAGCCACGCUGUUCCAGAUCGGAGCAGUUCUUCUGUUAUUUGAAGCAUGUAAUGAGAAUCGUACCGGAUGCUUUGGAUGGGCACUCUAUCACGCUCUCGAAGGAGAUGACAGUGAUUCCGCCGGGGCAUUAUUCGCCAAAGCCGAUGCUUAUACCUGCCAGCAUCACCACCACCGGAGACGCAAGCCUAAUUCAGUGAAGCAGCAGCUACCAGCCCCACCCCAACAGCCCCCACCGGAACGCCAAUGGACCUGGUGCCCUACUUGGCACGAGCUGAGGACGCACUAUUUUCACGAAAUAGGAUUCAUGGCUUCCAUUACAAUGUCCGUCGGCGCUACCAUCUUCUACGUUUGCGGUAUCUGUACGCUCCCCUGGAUCCAUGACAACCUAAGCUUGGGUACUAUUGAGGGCGUGUACUAUCUGACGUAUCUCGUUGGUGGUGUCAUCUUUAUUGUUUCCUCGGUCCUGUAUAUACUGGAGACCCAGCCAACUUGGUACACGCCGGCGCCCCAUCUGCUGGGAUGGCAUGUUGGCUUGUGGAAUCUGAUUGGGUCUAUAGGCUGGACCCUAGCGGCCUCAUUUGGUUACUGCUCCCGCAGCUGGUGUGCCUAUCAGAGUUACUUGACCUUGACCUGGGCCUCUGCCGCUUUUUUGAUCGGUAGCAUGCUCCUUUGGUACGAGGCACUCCAAAAGUAUCCUGUGGAGAAAAUGAGAUAA